AUGGCAGAACGGCGAUCGGGCGGAUCGAGCCGCAACAAUUUCACCGAGGAGAAAAGCUCCGCCGACACGCCGCCGAUGUCACGGUUGUUUAUCAUCUGCAGCAAGAGCGUAACCGAGGAAAAUCUGCGCGAACAUUUCGACAAGUUUGGUGACAUCGAGGAAAUAUGGAUCGUCAAGGAUCGGUCGACGGGCGAAGGAAAAGGUGUAGCCUACAUAAAGUAUGCAAAAACGUCCGACGCGGCCCGUGCGCUCGAGGAGAUGAACGGGAAAUGCGUCGGGGACAAUACGCGCCCGAUCAAGGUGCUUGUUGCCGCGAACCGGCAGCAAGGUUCGCGCAAGCAGACAGAGAACGAGGAGGAAAAAUAUCUGCGGCUGUUCGUCAUCAUACCGAAGGACAUGACGGAGGAUGCGCUCCGGGAGGAGUUCGGGAAGUACGGUACGGUCGAUCUGGUCACCAUCAUCCGGGACAAGGUGACGAAGGAGGGCAAGGGGUUCGCGUACGUCAAGUUCGGGCGGUUCCUGCACGCGGCCCAGGCGUUCGAGGGAUGCGAUCCCAAGUAUAAGGCGGUGUUUGCCGAACCGAAGCCACCGCGCAAUGCGUCCGUCUCGUCGAACGAGAACUUUGGCGGUUUCGUUGGCGGUGGCGGUGGAGGUGGUGGUGGCGGCGGCGGUGGUGGUGGAGGUGGAGUUGGCGGUGGCGGCGGUGGUGCGGGGGCCGGUGUGUUCGGGGGUGGUGCCGGUAACAGCGCGAACGGAUUUUCCGACGACCGUCGGGUCGGGCCCGGCGGUGUUGGAGGUGGUGGUGGCGGUGGGGCCGGUGCCAUGAUGGGCUUUGCCGCGAUGGGUGGAAACGAUCGACGGUCGGGGGCGGGCGGUGCCGUGGACCGGUGUGGCGUUGGCAACGAUUUCGGCGCGUUCAGCGGAUAUGGUGCCGGGGCGAACAGUGCGAUGGUCCCGAACGGCAACGAAACGAAGCUGACCGUACUGUGCAGUCCCGUGCUGAAUCAGGACCAGCUGUGGCGCCUUUUCGACAUCAUUCCCGGGCUGGACUAUUGCCAGAUUAACAAUGAUUUCAACAACCGCAACGUGACGGCAACGGUCGUGUACAACAACAGCCAGUCGGCCAUGUACGCACGGGACAAGAUACACGGGCUCGAGUAUCCGCCGGGCGAGCGAUUGAUCAUACGGCUCGGCCACGAAUCGGUCGGCACGAUGGGCGGCGGUGGAGGUGGCGGAGGUGUCAGCGGUGCGGUGGAACCAUUCAACGGAAGUGGUAUGGGUGGCGGUAACCGGGGAGGAGGAAUGCCGGUCGAUCCGGCACUGAUAGGACGUGCCGGACCGCCGCUAACCACGCCUGUUUCUUCCUGUUCCCUCGCCGUAGAUCGUGAGGCGGCGUUCUGCAGCGUGCCGUUGCCGCCACCGCAGCCGAUGGCUAGCGCAAAUGCCGAGGUUGCCCAGCGCUGCUUUAUCGUCUGCAUACCGAAGGCGCUGCCGACGAGCGUGCUGAAGCAGACGUUCUGCCGGUUUGGCGAUCUGAUCGAUGUGUACCUGCUGCCGAACAAGAACUGCGGGUACGCCAAGUACGCGUCGGAGGAGUCGGCGAAGAAAGCGAUCAAGCUGCUGCACGGUGUGGACAUAUUGAACGUCCGGUUGAAGGUGUUGGAAGCCGAGGAACCGAGCAAUGAUCGAAGGAAAAGGAUGCGCCACGACGAGCGCAUGGAAAACGAAUAA